AUUAAGUGUCAUUACUACACCAGACAUCGACUAACGCUCCUGGUAGUUUUACAGCGAGAAUACAGUCGUCAAAUUUAAGACCAUGGCAUCUUACACGUGCGAAGAAUGUGGGGUUAGCUUCCCGAAACUAAGCCAACUACUCCAACAUAAACGAGCGAUGAAUCACUGGAAGAAGUAUCAGUGUCAAUCCUGCAAGAAAGUAUUUAAUCGAAAAGACAAUUUAGACCGACAUCUUCAAAAACACAACGACGAAAACAACCAUCAUUGUCCAGAAUGUCUCAAAGUAUUUACUAGAGAGGACGCUCUUAAGGAACAUUUGCGCCAAGAUCAUGGCGGGGCAGGUGGAGUGAAACGACCAUCUAAUGAUCAGGGAGGUGGUGGGGAAGCUAAACGAAAGAAGUUGGAUGAAGAUCCAUCCGCUCAUUACGACAUUGAGAAAGUUAGUGAGCGAAAGAUUGAGAAAUUUCGUUCGACUGCCAGUUAUUACAGAAUACGCGUGAACGAUGUGGAAAUUACAGAUUUGCCGAAUAUACUCAAGUAUCUACGAACACUUUUUCAGGACAUCAUAAACAAAAUGACUGAUGAAAUAGCAUCGAGCGAUUUAGUUAGGCUUUCAUUGGACAACCCAGAACUAGACUUCCCAAUUGUGUUACCAUUUAUGAAAAAAUCAGCCUUGACAGUUGAUCGAAUUCUGUCAGAGAUUGAGAGAGUACUUCAAUCCUAUGAACAAUUUGUUGUGGAUGAAACAUUUGGAAUAGAACUCGUUCAUGUGCACAUGCCCACUGGAAGUGGUUACAAAAUGAAACCAGUAGUAGACAUAACAAAAAUGUUAGAAAAUAAACGAAGUAUCAUACAGAUAAAGAACACAGAUGAGUUAUGCUGUGCGCGCGCCAUAGUGACGGCCAUCGCCCGUCAUGAAAAACACCCUCAAUGGAAUAGCAUAAGGCGGGGGUAUGCAAUACAGGGGCAACUGGCUGAGGAACUUCACUGGAAAGCCUGUAUUCCUCUUACGAAGUGUGGAUUAGACGAAGUCAAAGCGUUUCAAGUUGCUGUACCAAAAUACCAGAUACAUGUACUAUCGAAGGACCAUUUUAACGCCAUCGUAUUUAGUGGUCCAGAAGGGGGUGUGCCGAUUUAUGUGUAUCUGCAUGAUGGUCACUUUGAUGUCAUAACAACAAUGACUGGAUUCCUUAACCGAAAUUACUUUUGCACAGUGUGCAAGAAAGGGUAUCAGCAUCAAGAAAGGCACACCUGUAAUAACCCGUGUCAUUUCUGUCGAAAUCUACAUACAAACAAAGAAGAGGAUUGGAAACACUGUAAAACAUGCAACUGUAAAUUUAUAAACGAAGACUGUUUUGACCUUCAUCUAAAAAAAUCUGAAAAGGGAAAAUCUACGUGUGAGAUGUAUCACAGAUGUAACAAUUGCGACCAGUUUAUCAACCGAUCAAAACACAAACGGGACCAUAUGUGUGGCGAGACCUAUUGUAAAACAUGUAAGGACUACGUCAUGGAAGAUCACAAGUGUUAUAUGCAGCCGGCUAACGAAGAUGACAACAGUGACAAUAAAAAGAAACCUAAAGAGACACAGUAUAUAUUCUUCGACUUCGAAUGCACUCAGGAUACCAUCGUACAGUGCAAUGAUGGUUAUUUACCAGGAGAAGACAGAUGUAUAAAUUGUGCAAAAUCAUGGUGCGGGUCGAUGGAACACACUCCUAAUCUUUGUGUGGCCCACAAGGUAUGCAGUCUCUGUAUCAGCAAAGAAAUACAACCUGACUCUGAAUGUUUGAAAUGUGGGCCUAAUAUCAAAGUAUUUUCAGGACCUGAUACAACAAAAUUGUUUUGCCAAUGGCUUUUCUCGGAACCGAACUUCGGCACCACCGUUAUAUGUCACAACUUCAAGGGCUAUGACAGUUACCCUAUAUUACAAUAUCUGCACGAUAACGCCAUUCUGCCAGACGUUAUCACGACAGGCUCAAAGUAUAUGUCUAUCACAGUGUCCAAGUGCAAGAUAAGGUUCAUUGAUUCCAUUAAUUUCAUACCCAUGGCUUUGGCGGACAUGCCUGGAGCUUUUGGUGAAACAGAACUGGCCAAAGGAUACUUUCCACAUUUGUUUAACCGUAGAGAAAAUCAAAAUGUCGUCCUCGACCACCUUCCUGAUAUGAAGUACUAUUGUCCAGAUGGAAUGAAACCAGAAAAACGCCGGAAAUUCUUGACCUGGUAUAAACAACAUGAGCAUGACACAUUUGACUUUCAGAAGGACCUUUUACGUUACUGUCAGUCCGACGUUGAUAUUUUAAGAAAAUGUUGUUUGACUUUUAGAACACUAUUCAUGAAACUGACCACGAGGGAUCAUAAUCGAGGCAUUGAUCCAUUUGAAAAAUGCAUAACCAUAGCAUCAGCAUGCAAUCUUGUGUAUAGGACACUGUUCCUAGCACCAGAAACGAUUGGUAUCAUUCCUGCCCACGGUUAUCGACCAGAAGAAAAGCAGUCGGUCAUGGCCUAUCAGUGGCUGUCCUACAUAGCAAACGAAAAGGUGAUUUUCAUUCAACAUGGUCGAAACAUAGGCGAGAAGUCUAUAGGUCCGUACAAAGUGGACGGAUAUUAUGAAGACGAUGGACGUCGUCAUGUUUUAGAAUUCCACGGUUGUUUCUGGCACGGUUGUCCCAAAUGUUACUCACAGUCUACUGUCAAUCCUGUGAGUGAAAUGUCCAUGGGGGAUUUGUAUACCAGAACCAUGGAAAAGAAACAGUUCAUAGAAGCGGAAGGAUAUUCAUAUACGGCAUUAUGGGAGUGUGAAUUUAAGCAACAGUUACAAGUCAAUGACACCAUGAAGAAAUUCUUAGACAAUCUGGAAAUAGUAACUCCAUUAGAACCACGGGAUGCAUUCUACGGCGGUCGUACCGAGGCAUUUAAAUUAUACGAGAAAGCCACUGCAGACAAACAAAUAAAAUACUAUGACGUUACAUCCUUGUACCCAUACAUAAACAAAACCGGCAAGAUUCCUCUCGGACACCCAGAGAUUAUUACAGACAAUUUCCAAAACAUUUCGAACUAUGAAGGCCUCAUUAAAUGCAAGGUAUUGCCACCUAGAAAUCUCCAUAUACCCGUCUUACCUAUGAAGUGUAAUGGAAAGCUGAUGUUCAGUCUAUGUCGCCUGUGCACUGAGACCUAUCAACAAGAGAAAUGUACGCAUAGUGACACUGAGCGAACAUUCACGGGUACAUGGGUGACCGAUGAGAUUAAGGAAGCUGUUUCACAAGGGUAUAUCAUUCAAAACAUCUACGAAAUCUGGCACUUUGACGAGAUUUCACAGUAUGAUUCUGUAUCCAAAUCGGGCGGAAUAUUCACGGAUUAUGUCAACACAUUUUUAAAGGUGAAACAGGAAGCGAGUGGUUGGCCUAAAUGGUGUGUAACUGAACAGGACAAACAAAGAUAUAUUAAAGAAUAUUACGAGAAAGAGGGCAUUUUACUGGAUUAUGAUAAGAUCAAGAAGAACCCGGGCCUGCGCUCACUCGCCAAGUUGAUGUUGAACUCAUUUUGGGGAAAGUUUGGGCAACGUACUAAUUUGACGCAGACAACGCUCACAGAUGACCCGGCUAUCUUUACCGACAUGAUGACAUCGGAUCAACAAAAAGUACAAAAUGUACGUUUCAUUAACGACAAUAGAGUACAGAUUGACUGGGUAUAUAACACUGAUUUCGUGGAAGCCUCUUGUCGAACAAAUACGGUAAUUGCGGCAUACACCACAGCACAAGCUCGAUUAAAGCUCUAUAGUUAUUUAAAGCCUUUGGAUACACGAUUGGCCUACUGUGACACUGAUUCGUUGGUAUUUACAACACGCCCUGGGGAAUGGGAGCCCCCUCUCGGUGACUAUUUGGGAGACCUAACUGACGAAGUCCCUGGAAAUAGCAUCACAGAUUUUGUAACCGGCGGGCCCAAAAACUAUGCCUACAGGCUGAAUUGUGCAGACGACGCUGGACAAACUUCCAUUUGUAAAGUGCGCGGAAUCACAUUAAACUUUAAGAAUACUCUAGACAUUAACUUUGAGACUGUGCAAAAAAUGGUGACAUGUGGAGAUAAAGUAAAUCCAAUAACUGUCGUUGAUACAAAUAAGAUUGUUCGGAGUCCUGAAAAUUGUUGUAUCAUUACAAAAACCGAAUAUAAAGACUAUAAAAUUGUGUUUGAUAAACGCGUCAUUGGAAAUGCGUACACAACCUCACCCUAUGGAUAUUAAACUAUGAAAACCUUUGCUGUAUAUGUACAUAUCAUGUAAUUGUAUUAUAAAUUCAUAUUGUUCAUAACGUUUUAUGUGUCACAUUGUUAUUGCAUUUAAUGUGUUGUCAUACAAAUGGUAAAAUGCCUUGUUUUAAUGUUGCUAUAUAUUGUUAUGCAUAUAUGUAAA